CGCCGCCGGCGCAGCACUGAAAUAGCUAUUGUGCAUGGAAAAAUGGAUAUCUUCAUCGCGUAGCGUCCGCCGCUUAGGGGCGCGAUUCCCGUGCCGUCUCCAUAAUGGCGGAUAGAAAUUAUGUAAGAAUCGUGCGUUAUUGUUUCGCUCGGGAUUGAUUCCGCGUUAGGGCCAGCCCGUCUAUUGUUUCGGUCGAUAAAACGCGUGUGACGGUGCCUUCUCGGUUCUUGGGAGUGUCUCCGGAUACCGGUCGAUUAACACGCCGCGGUUCAUGUAGAAGUGACCGACGAUCAAACCUAACCAUUUAAACGCCUUAUAUGGAUCAGAGCGAGUGCAGAGCGCGUGCUUCGCCGCGUAUUAAAACACAUGAACAUCUCGAAUAUAGGUAAUAGCGCAACAGGGACGGACAAGAACCAGCCAAUCGUAUUCCUAAUUCGCCUAACAGUCUAUCGGACUUCCUAGGAGGACAUUUGGGUGCUUUAUUUGUAAUGGACUUGCCUUAAAUUUAUUUAUCAAAAUGUGUUUUGCUGUAUAGUUAACACUGCCAUUAAGCGUAGGUGUCUUAGGAAUUGAAAUAAUUAAGAGUUGGACCGUGGGGUGUGUUUCUGUGAGGUUGGUUUGUGUGAUGCGCCGGCGGCAGCGGCGACGCAUCGGAGGGGUACCAGAGAUACAGCAUUAUACGCUGGUCUGACGAAACCGACAAGGUCGCCACCUGCAGCAUAAUAGGGAGCCAUACGCCUCGGCGGAAAGACGGGUGCGACACGCACUCGUGAUCUAGUGGGUGGUCGGGCGUGGUGCGGGCGGCGGCCGCGAGCCCGGCACCAUGGCUACGGUAGAGGGGCGGCCGGCGCAAUAUGGCGUCACCCUUCGGCAGCUGCGCGAGCUGAUGGAAACUCGCGGAGCCGAGGGGCUAGCCAAGAUCAACGCGCUCGGCGGACCUCAGGAUUUGUGCAAAAAGCUCUACACAUCGCCCACAGAUGGUCUUAGCGGGUCGAAAGCUGACCUGCAACACAGGCGCGAAGUGUUCGGGUCGAACCUGAUCCCGCCGAAACCUCCCAAAACCUUCCUAACCCUUGUCUGGGAGGCGUUGCAGGACGUUACCCUUAUUAUAUUGGAAGUAGCUGCCGUGGUUUCGCUAGGGUUGAGUUUUUACAAACCGUCCGAAGACGAGAGCGAUAUUGACGACCCUGGACAUCUGGAUGAAGAAGAAGGUCAUUACCAAUGGAUCGAAGGUCUGGCGAUCUUAAUAUCUGUCAUAGUAGUCGUCAUAGUCACAGCGUUCAAUGAUUACACGAAAGAGAGGCAAUUUCGAGGGCUCCAAUCACGGAUAGAAGGUGAACAUAAGUUCGCAGUGAUCAGAAGUGGCGAGGUUAAUCAGGUGCCGAUAAGCGAAAUAGUCGUGGGUGACAUCUGUCAGAUCAAGUACGGCGACCUUCUGCCCGCUGACGGCUUACUGCUGCAGAGCAACGAUCUUAAGAUUGACGAGUCUUCGCUGACGGGUGAAUCGGACCAUGUUAAGAAGGGAGAAUCAUUUGAUCCCAUGGUGCUAUCCGGUACUCACGUUAUGGAGGGCUCCGGUAAAAUGCUCGUCACGGCGGUCGGUGUCAAUUCGCAGGCGGGUAUCAUCUUCACACUGUUGGGCGCGGCGGUCGACAAGCAGGAGAAAGAGAUCAAACAGAUGAAGAAAGAAGCUAAAAAGCAGCAGCGGAAAUCACAACGCAAGAGCAUCACAGGUGAUGACGACCUACCAGCAUCGGGCAACAGUCACGGUAACCACGCGAGACCAGACGACAACCACGUGCCUGCUCCGGCGGCGGAUAAGCCCGCUCCGGAGUCGCAUAAGAAGGAGAAGUCGGUGUUGCAGGCCAAGCUAACCAAACUAGCCAUUCAGAUCGGUUACGCCGGUUCAACGAUCGCGGUGCUAACAGUAAUCAUCCUAGUCAUCCAAUUCUGCGUACAAACCUUCGCGUUAGAAAAAAAGGAAUGGAAAGCGACUUACAUCAACAACCUCGUGAAGCAUCUUAUCAUCGGUGUGACUGUACUGGUGGUGGCGGUGCCGGAAGGUCUACCAUUGGCUGUGACUCUAUCCUUGGCUUAUUCUGUUAAGAAAAUGAUGAAAGACAACAAUUUGGUACGGCAUUUAGACGCUUGUGAAACUAUGGGUAACGCGACCGCCAUCUGCUCCGACAAGACUGGUACUCUCACCACUAACCGUAUGACGGUCGUACAGUCGUACAUCUGCGAGAGGCUCUGCAAAGUCACGCCCAACUACAGGGAUAUACCGCAAGAAGUUGCGGAAACGAUGAUCGAAGGUAUAGCUGUAAACAGCGCGUUCACCUCUAGGAUUAUGCCGUCGCAAGACCCGACCGGGCCUCCGAUGCAAGUGGGCAACAAGACGGAGUGCGCGCUGCUCGGGUUCGUGGUGGCGCUGGGCCAGAGCUACGAGGCCGUCCGCGAGCGCCACACCGAGGAGUCCUUCACGCGCGUCUACACCUUCAACUCCGUGCGCAAGAGCAUGUCCACCGUCAUCCCCUACAAGGGCGGCUACCGCCUCUACACUAAGGGUGCCUCGGAGAUCGUUUUGAAGAAAUGUGCAUUCGUAUACGGCCAUGAAGGCAGGCUAGAGAAGUUCACUCGCGACAUGCAAGAUCGGCUCGUGAAGCAGGUCAUCGAACCCAUGGCUUGCGACGGUCUCAGGACCAUCUCAGUGGCCUACAGGGACUUCGUGCCAGGAAAGGCGGAUAUCAACCAGGUGCACAUAGACCAAGAACCGAAUUGGGACGACGAAGACAACAUCGUGAAUAACCUGACUUGCUUGUGUGUCGUCGGUAUUGAGGAUCCUGUCAGACCAGAGGUGCCAGAAGCGAUCAAGAAGUGCCAGAAGGCCGGUAUAACUGUCCGGAUGGUGACCGGAGACAACGUGAACACUGCCCGCUCCAUAGCCGUCAAGUGCGGUAUUCUGAAACCCACCGAUGAUUUCCUUAUAUUGGAAGGAAAAGAGUUUAACAAGCGGAUCCGAGAUGCUAAUGGCGAGGUUCAGCAACAUCUACUGGACAGGGUGUGGCCGAAGUUACGUGUGUUGGCUCGAUCGUCUCCCACCGACAAAUAUACACUCGUGAAGGGAAUGAUCGAGUCCAAGGCAUUCGACAAGCGGGAGGUGGUCGCCGUCACCGGGGACGGCACCAACGACGGACCCGCCUUGAAGAAGGCCGAUGUCGGCUUCGCUAUGGGUAUCGCCGGCACGGACGUGGCCAAGGAGGCGUCGGACAUCAUCCUGACGGACGACAACUUCUCGUCCAUCGUGAAGGCGGUGAUGUGGGGCCGCAACGUGUACGACUCCAUCGCCAAGUUCUUGCAGUUCCAGCUCACCGUCAACGUGGUGGCUGUCAUCGUCGCCUUCAUCGGUGCCUGCGCCAUCCAGGACAGCCCGCUCAAGGCCGUACAAAUGUUGUGGGUGAACUUAAUCAUGGACACGCUGGCGUCCCUCGCGCUGGCCACCGAGAUGCCGACACCGGACCUGUUGCAACGCAAACCCUACGGACGAACCAAGCCGCUCAUCAGCCGGACGAUGAUGAAGAACAUCCUAGGACAGGCCAUCUACCAGCUUUUCAUCAUAUUCAUGUUGCUUUUCGUAGGCGAUAAAAUGUUAAACAUCCCAUCGGGUCGUGGCCAGCAACUCAGCUCGGAACCCUCCCAACACUUCACAAUCAUAUUCAACACGUUCGUGAUGAUGACCCUCUUCAACGAAAUCAACGCGCGAAAGAUCCACGGCCAGAGAAAUGUGUUCCAGGGGCUUUUUACCAACCCCAUCUUUUACUCUAUUUGGAUCGGAACCGCUUUUUCUCAGGUGAUAAUAAUCCAGUUCGGUGGCAUGGCGUUCAGCACGGCGGCGCUCACGAUAGACCAGUGGUUGUGGUGCCUGUUCUUCGGAGCCGGCACGCUGGUGUGGGGACAGCUCGUCACCACAGUGCCCACUAGGAAGAUACCCAAGAAGCUCAGCUGGGGCCGCGGCCAGCCCGACCCGGAGACCAUUCAGCCCGGACCGGACUACGACGCCGACCUCGACAAGAAGCCGCGCGCCGGCCAGAUCCUGUGGAUACGCGGCCUCACGCGCCUGCAGACACAGGUCAUAGGUGGCGAGUUACAAGAGCGCUUGAUUCCUGUGCCCUACAGCAAGACUUCUACCGAUCAAGCUAUCCGCGUGGUGAACGCGUUCCGGCAGGGGCUGGACUCGCGCGGCUCGCUGGCGGACGCGGCGCUGGCCGAGGCGCUGCGCAAGCAGACGGCGCUGUCCAAGCGCUACUCGCACUCGUCCAGCGUGGAGUACGCGGACGCGCCGCGCGAGCAGCUGGCGCCGCACGACCUGGACGUGGAGCGCCUGUCGAGCCACAGCCACACCGAGACCGCCGUGUAACCGCCCCCGCCGCCCACGCCCGCCGCCCGCCGCCGCCCGCCGCUCCGACCGUCGCCUCGACCGUCGCCUCGACUGCCCCGUCGUGCCGACGACUACGAUCGUGUAUAGGAUGAUAUUUUUUAAAACGAGCAUGCGCGUAUUCGUUUCGACCGCGGCGGGCGCCGGCGGGCCCGCGCGGACCGACCGCUCGCCGCCGCCGGUGUUGAGCAUGAGUUAUUGUUAACUAGUGUGUUUAAUUAUUCGAUUGUUUUGAAAAUAUUUUAUUAUUAUACGCGUGCGCCGAGUCGCGCGCGUCUGUUGAACAAAUAAAAAUAUUGUCUAAUUAUUAAUUUUAGAUUUAAGCGCGAGGACGAGCGAAUGGGCGUGUGUUUUUUGAAAAUAAAAUAAAAUUUUCGCGUAGCAUCGUGUCAUCUCUUACACGGAAUGAAAUGUUUUAUAUUGCUUUUGUCAAAGACAUGUUGUGGUGCGCCUCGGGGAGGGGGCGGGUCCGCGCGGCCGCCUCGACUCAUCCUUUUGUAUAAAGUUAUUUCAUUUGUAGCGCAGCAUCAUCGUUUGUACGUACGCCGAGUGAUAUUAGCGGCGCGCUCCCCGGCCCCCGCCCCACCCGCGCGCCUUGUAUACUUAACUAAAUUAUUGAAGUAUUAGUUAAGGUGUUUGUUAUAAAUUUCAAUAACUUUUUGUUUUUACAACCUUUUCCCCUAAGUCUAAGUAUACAUUUAAGUCAUAUCUCGAAGCGUAGACGCAUCAACAGAAAAGUUUCUAUACAAGAACCGAUUUGCGCUUUCUUGUGUAAAAACCGACGUAGUCCACUUUAAACAUCUUCGAAAUGUUUAAAUAGAAAUAAACAUUAAAUUGUAUAGCUGAAGGUAUUUAUUUGUAAUGCUAGUCUCUUAUGAAACAAAAACUAAUUAUUCAAUUAUUAUAAUGUACUUAUUGAUUAUUGAUAAAUACUUCAAGUUUAUUAAACAAAAUAUAGUCUACGAUGUAAAGAAUUGGUUUUGGAUUUUUUUCUCUACGAGCAAUAGCGACGCGUCGCACCGGCCCCGUGUCGCGAACGUCGAAUAUAUAACGCGCGACCGACGAAUCACGGGACCGACGAAAUGCGUGACGACGGAACACUGACCGACGAACGCGACCGACACUGUCCCUGAGACGACAGUCCGCGGCCGACGGCGGCCGGGGCCGGCGGCGCGUCCGCGCAGACAUAGGCGACGUAGGAUCGCAGCAGUGGCAUUUUCGACUUAUAAAGUAAGACAUGUACUUAAUGGACCUAGUGACGAGUUAAACCGAGAGUCGCACGACAGCGGCCGACCGCUCGCAGCCCACUUGUUUUUAUUAGUAAUAUAUAAAAUAAUAAUAAAUGAUGAUCGAGCGACUUAGAGAAUCAGCAAUGUUCAAUUUUGUAUAGAACGUUUCAUAGUAGCGGUAUUGAGAGUUGUUACGUUUUAUUUUGUGAGGUAUGUAGGCGCGUUCCGUUGCACGUGAGCUGUGCCUCGACUAGAGCGUAGAGCGACGGACGUCGUCGCCCUCGUCUGGCCACGACGGACGGACGGACGAGUGGCGCGAUCACUACUAAACUAUUAAACAAUCUUGUAAGUAAUCAAGUAUUAGCUUCGAAUCAAUAAAGCCUUUUUAAAAAAACUUAGUUAAAAAAUGAAAACUAUUGAAACUUCACAUGUUUAAUAUUAAUAUUAGUUACGGUUUCAGUGACUAGAGAGGUCAUGGUAAAGUUUUGUGUAUAAUGUUGCUAUAUUUUCGUUGAUAUUCGUUAUGUACCACGAGUUUUCCGAUGAAAGACAUAAAAUUAGGAGUCUACUGUGUAGUAGGGCGCGGGGCUGCCCGCCUCCUACCUAACAACCGAUUGUUUUGACAUGACAGUCUGCCACUAACCAUUUUAGGUGAUAAGUCCCAUUGUUGUAUUUUUCGUCUCACAAUAAAUGAAAAUCUAUUUUAUUGUUUUUA